CGGUCGCGCUCUAUAAGGGGCGGCCCCGCCGGGUCCCCGGCCGGUGGCGUCGGCGCUGGAAGCUGCAGCUCCGCCCCCGAGCCCGGCCCACCAAAGCGCUUUCUUUGCUGCGCCACCGCGCCCGGCCUCCGGCUCCCCGGCUGCGAUCCCCGGACUCCUCCGAUCCCCGGACUCCUCCGAUCCCGAUGCCGGCCAUGUCCCCGCAGCUGACGGUCAAGGCCUACCUGCUGGGCAAGGAGGAGUCGCACCGCGAGAUCCGCCGCUUCACCCUGGGCCCCCCGGAGCCGCCCGGCGGGCCCGGCUGCUGCGACCGGCUGCUCCGCCGGCUCGACCAGGUGUUCCCCGCCCUGCGGCCCGGGACCUUCCAGGCCUACUACCGGGAUAACAUGAUGGCCUUCUCCAGUGACAGAGAGCUGAAGAUGGCCCUGCCAUAUGCUAAGGACAAUAUCCUGUGAAUUUACAUCAAAGCUGAGGGCCACUGGAAGAGGAAUAGCACCUGAGAUGGUAAUGGUUUCAGGAGAGAAAUAAAAGAGUAAUAAUAAUGA